AUGGUGCCAGCUGGUCGGGGAGCGUAUAUCCCUUUUCUGAACAUCACAGAACAAAUCACAGAACAUCACAGAACAAGUAGCCACAUCACAGAACAUCACAGAACAUAUACCCACAUCACAGAACAUAUACCCACAUCACAGGACAUCACAGAACAUAUAGCCACAUCACAGAACAUCACAGAACAAAUAGCCACAUCACAGAACAUCACAGAACAUAUACCCACAUCACAGGACAUCACAGAACAUAUACCCACAUCACAGGACAUCACAGAACACAUAGCCACAUCACAGAACAUCACAGAACAUAUAAACAUCACAGAACAUAUAGCCACAUCACAGAGCAUUACAGAACAAAUACCCACAUCACAGGACAUCACAGAACAUAUACCCACAUCACAGGACAUCACAGAACAUAUACCCACAUCACAGAACAUCACAGAACAUAUAGCCACAUCACAGAACAUCACAGAACAAAUACCCACAUCACAGAACAUCACAGAACAUAUAGCCACAUCACAGAACAUCACAGAACAUAUAGCCACAUCACAGAACAUCACAGAACAUAUAGCCACAUCACAGAACAUCACAGAACAAAUACCCACAUCACAGAACAUCACAGAACAAAUAGCCACAUCACAGAACAUUACAGAACAUAUAGCCACAUCACAGAACAUUACAGAACAUAUAGCCACAUCACAGAACAUCACAGAACAAAUAGGCACAUCACAGAACAUCACAAAACAAAUACCCACAUCACAGAACAUCACAGAACAUAUAGCCCCAUCACAGAACAUAUACCCACAUCACAGAACAUCACAGAACAUAUAG